AUGUAUAAUGAGAUAAAAGGGAAAUAUGAUGACGUCACCAUCAGUACGUUUAAAAGGGGCUUGUCGACAGAACAUGGCUUACGAAAGUCCCUCACUGGAAAGCUAGUCACCAGCGUGCGCCAACUCAUGGACCGAAUUGACAAGUACAAAAGGGUUGAGGAGGACCAACAGAUGGGGAAAGGUAAAGCGAAGGUCGUCCCUCAGGAGAGGAGGGACUUCAGGUUGGAAAGAUUUAACAACGGUAACAGGCCGAGAAGGGACUAUGUAGAGCAGUCCGGAUCUACCGGGGCUCAAGCAAUCCAUGCUGUGUUCCGAGAACCUCUUCACAAAAUCCUAGAGAAGUUGAAGUAUGAGCCUUUCUUUCAAUGGCCGAACAAGAUGGCUGGCGACCCUUUGAAGCGUAAUCAGAACCUGUAUUGUGCGUACCAUCAGGAGCCAGGCCAUACUAUUGAUAAUUGCAGGAACUUGAAGAACUAUUUAGACCGGCUCGUCCGAGAAGGGAAGCUAAAACAUCUACUGCAUCGCCCUGAAGGAUGGCAAGAACCAUCAAAGAAUGAAACCAGACAAAGUACGUUGAGGCCACCCAUUGGCACAAUUAAUGUCAUUCUCGCCGCACCUAGAAGGACAGGAUUUGCCCCCUUCAGGGUAAUGUCAGUGAGCAGUUUCCAAACUGAGCCAAACGGCAAAGAACCCAAGAGAGCUAGAAAGAGCGCCACGCCAUUAAUCGGGUUCACGGAGGAAGACAAACAAGGGACUAUUCAACCCCAUGAUGAUGCCCUAGUUGUCACACUCAGAAUAGAGGGUUAUGACGUGAAGAGGGUAUUAGUUGAUCAAGGCAGCGCCGUGGAGGUAAUGUAUCCUGAUUUGUAUAAGGGGCUGAACUUGAAGCAGGAAGACCUGUCGCCAUACGAUUACCCCCUGGUCAGCUUUGAAGGAAAAAUCGUUAUCCCGAAAGGCAUGAUCAAGUUGCCUGUGCAAACAGACUCAGACGUGGUAGAAGUGAACUUCAUUGUCGUAGAUGCAUACUCCCCCUACACUCCUAUUGUUGCCCGGCCAUGGAUUCAUGCACUAGGGGCUGUGCCGUCAACCUUGCACCAAAAAGUAAAGUAUCCCUCAGGAGAUCAAAUCAAGGAAAUAAUAGGGAGCCAAAAAAUGGCUAGGCAAUGCAUGGUGUCGGCAAUAUCACAACGUCUUAGUAAUGAGCCCUCCACUUCAGCCGAGAGGGACUUAUAG